AUGAUUGCUAUGGUAACAAUUCUUGCUCUCUCUCUCUCCCUCCCUCUCUCUCUCUCUCUGUCUCUCUCUCUUUCUCUGUCUUCCUCGCUCUUUCUUUCUCUUCCUCGCUCUCUAUUAAAAUCUAUGUUUUACCAAAUGACUAGAUUCGGCCAGACAUUACUGCUUCCUAAACAGAGAAAAUUGGUGGGGGUUCAGACUAAACUAAUAUUAUUCUCUCUCACUCUCUCUACUUCUCUCUCUCUCUCUCUCUCUCUCUCUCUCUCUCUCUCUCUCUAUCUAUCUAUCUAUCUAUCUAUCUAUCUCCUGCCUUCCUUAGAAAAUACGCUAAUGAUCAUAUAUGCCUAUAACUUCGUUGUUUCAUCAUUUUUAUCCGUCCUCUACUGUCUCUCAUUCUACAGCCCAUAUUCAAGAACAAUCGCUCCCACGUCUCCCACGACACCCUCUACUUAUGAUAUUUUCACGAAAGCUUGA